UGCUCUUCACUGAGUCAUGUUUUCUGAAGUAAGCCCAUAAACUGAAGCUGUAAAAAGUGAAUAAUCAUCAGCACGGGUAUCAUACUUUGUUUAUCGUUAGUCGAAGUAUUUAUGCACAAUAGUUCAAAAUGGGGAAAGUGCUGUCUAAAAUAUUCGGCAACAAGGAGAUGAGAAUAUUAAUGCUUGGACUUGAUGCUGCAGGAAAGACAACAAUCCUUUACAAACUGAAACUCGGACAGUCUGUCACCACAAUCCCCACAGUCGGCUUCAAUGUGGAGACAGUCACCUACAAAAAUGUCAAGUUCAACGUCUGGGAUGUUGGGGGGCAAGAUAAGAUUCGCCCUCUGUGGCGACACUACUACACGGGCACCCAAGGGUUAAUUUUUGUGGUGGAUUGCGCGGACAGGGAUCGCAUCGACGAGGCAAGGCAGGAACUCCACCGCAUUAUUAACGACCGGGAAAUGAGGGAUGCCAUCAUCUUGAUAUUCGCCAAUAAGCAAGACCUUCCGGACGCCAUGAAGCCACACGAAAUCCAAGAGAAGCUCGGAUUGACCCGCAUCAGAGAUAGGAAUUGGUAUGUUCAGCCCUCCUGUGCGACCACAGGUGAUGGACUGUAUGAGGGCUUGACAUGGCUAACCUCGAAUUACAAAUCUUAAUGAUUGAGUGCUGACUGUUUUAGGUCAAAACUAUAAUAACGUUGCAAGUAACACAUAACUUCUCAAAAUGAAUAUGGUUAAGAGGAAGUUGAUUAUCUCCCAUUUAUUUUUAAUACUACGUUCACCCCAUGACUAAUUUAUCUUUAACUGGGUUUGCUGGCUUAAAGUUCGCUUGUACUCUGUAGCAGGCCUAUAUCACAUUCAUUAUCUCGGGGUUUGCUUGAUGAAUAUUGAAUUAAUUGGUCCUAUGUUAAAGCCAGAGAGAUCACCGCCUUUGCCUAUUCUUUGCCCUGUUUGUAUGAUUUUCUAAUGAAGCUGAAGCUUUUGUCUUCAUUCUUGGACUAAAACCUUAUUCAAGGUUCUUAAGUCCCUGUCGCAUUGAACUUGAGUCUUCUUUUUUUUCUGAUGUGAGAUCUUUAAUGUCACAGUAUACUUGAAGGACUAUGACAUCUGUUUGAACACAGUAUUGUGAUGAAAAGGAUUUCUUAAUGGUAUUGACAGCUGCGAGGGGAAAAAAAACAAAAAUAAAUGACGGUUGAUCACA